AUGACCUGUGUCCUUCUCUUUAAACUUUUUCUACUUCUGGUCCUGUCAGACACCUGCCCAGGCAGCCACCUCAGCCCCACAUCCCGCCUGCGCUAUUCCAGGUUCCUAGACCCUUCCAAUGUCAUUUUCCUGCUCUGGGACUUUGACUUUGAGGCUGAGAUCAUCACUUUUGAGCUCCAGGUCCGGACAGCUGGCUGGGUGGGCUUGGGCAUCAGCCACCGCCACACUGUGGUGGGAAGUGACCUGGUUGUUGGAGGAGUCCUGCCUGAUGGCCAUGUCUAUUUCUCGGAUCAGCACCUUGUGGAUGAAAACACCCUAGAGGAGGACGGGAGCCAGGAUGCCGAACUGCUGGGGCUAACAGAAGACGCUGUCUACACAACCAUGCGCUUUUCCAGGCCCUUCCGCUCCUGUGAUCCUCACGAUCAAGACAUCACGAGUGACACCAUCAGGGUGCUGACCGCCUAUGGCCUGGAUGACACACUGAAGCUGGAUCCCGAGCGUACUUUCGUUAAGUCCAUCUUCCUGCUGCAAAUGUUCCACCCUGACGAUCUGGAGGUCCCCGAGGAGAUCAUCAUCCAUGACCUGGAGAUCACUGACUUCCUCAUUCCAGAAGAUGAUACCACAUAUGCCUGUACCUUUCUUCCUCUACCCAUCGUCAGCAAGAAGCAUCACAUUUACAAGUUCGAGCCCAAGCUGGUGGAGCACAAUGAGACUAUGGUGCAUCACAUCCUGGUGUAUGCCUGUGGCAAUGCCAGYGUGCUCCCCAAGGGCAUCAACGACUGCUACGGGGCCGACCCUGACUUCUCCCUCUGCUCCCAGGUCAUCGUGGGCUGGGCUGUCGGGGGCACUAGUUACCAGUUUCCAGACAACGUGGGCAUCUCUCUUGGGACCCCCUUGGACCCUCAGUGGAUUCGUCUAGAGAUUCACUACAGCAAUUUCCACAACCUUCCCGGUUUAUAUGACACAUCAGGGAUCCGACUCUACUACACCUCUCACCUGCGCGAAUACGACAUGGGAGUCCUCCAGCUGGGUGUCUUCACAUUCCCCAUACACUUCAUUCCCCCGGGUGCUGAGUCCUUUAUGUCCUACGGGCUGUGUAAGACGGAGAAGUUUGAAGAGAUGAACGGCACCCCGGUGGCUGACAUCCAGGUGUUUGGCUACCUGCUCCACACCCACUUGGCUGGGCAGGCUGUGCAGGCUGUGCAGUACAGAAAUGGAACACAACUCCAAACAAUCUGUAAAGAUGACUCCUAUGACUUCAAUCUUCAGGAGACGCGAGACUUACCACACCGGGUGGUGAUCAAGCCGGGAGAUGAACUGCUCAUAGAGUGUCGCUACCAGACGCUGGACCGUGACUCUGUGAUUUUUGGAGGUCCCAGCACUCUCAACGAGAUGUGUCUUGUGUUUCUCUUCUACUACCCACGAAAUAACAUCUCCAGCUGCCAGGGCUACCCUGACAUCAUCUACGUGGCCCGUGAGCUGGGGGAGGAGGUAUCAGAUCCCAUGGAGGGUACCAUGGUCAUGAGCAGCAUCGAAUGGACUCCAGAGAGCAUCAAGAAGGCCGAGAGAGCCUGCAAGGAGUCCCAGCAGAUUGUGGUAAUCAAGACUAUCGAUGAGCUGGUAGAAAACACAACAGGCUGGAUUCCUGACAUCAUCCCCACUCCUCGGGGACCCUGCUUGGAAUCCUCCGGAGGCAAAGUGGAGCCCCAGGACCAGACCCCUGCGGGCUUCAGGGCUGCACCGGUGGCCCUGUCGGGAUCCUCCACUGCUGCCCUAAACCACCUGCCCCUGGCUGCCCUCUUGUGCAUGCAGGGCACCCUCUCGUGGCUCCUUGCCAUGCUACAGCCUGAAGUCUGA